UUUUAAAAAUUAAAGUGGUGAUAUUGAGGAAAAUCUAGAGUGGACAUUAACUACCACAAACGUCUCAACUGGCGGCGAAGAUGGCCGUAGCUUUGGCUUCGCCGCCACUUCCUCAAUUAUCAGUAGCGUCAAAGCGCAGCUGCCGCUACCGUUGCACUUCACCACUCUCUCAGACCGACUCCUCCUCCUCCUCCUCCAACCGUCCUGCUGUCAUUCUCCCUGGAUUGGGGAAUAAUACCACCGACUACCAGAAAUUAGCCCUAAUUUUGAAAGAUUAUGGGGUGCCAACAGUCACUGCCAAGGUUUCCAGAAUUGAUUGGCUCAGAAAUGCUGCUGGCUUGCUUGAUUCAAAUUAUUGGCGUGGCACCCUCCGCCCUCGCCCGGUUCUAGAUUGGUAUCUUCAAAGGGUUGAAGAAGCUGUUAAUGAGGCAAAGGAAUUGGCUCAAGGUUCUACAUUAUCUUUGAUUGGGCACUCAGCAGGAGGAUGGCUGGCCCGUGUUUAUUUGCAAGAAUAUGGCACAUCGGAUAUUUCCCUACUGUUGACAUUAGGAACCCCACACCUUGCACCGCCUAAGGCCGUUUCAGGAGUCAUAGAUCAAACUAGAGGCCUCCUGGAUUAUGUUGAAAAGCAUUGUGCUGAAGCUGUAUACACCCCGGAACUAAGAUACGUCUGCAUCGCAGGGAGAUACAUACAAGGUGUCCGUCUUCUUGGAUCGACUAGUGAUGAAAAUCCAGAACUGAUGAUAGAAACAGAGCAACCAGUUGGUGAAAUGAGUGUUGUUAAGACAUCAGCACCAGCAUCUGCCACUUUGCAAGCUCGAUUUGUUGGUCAAGGAUAUAAGCAGGUUUGUGGGCAAGCGGAUGUAUGGGGUGAUGGAGUAGUACCGGAGGUGUCCGCACACCUCAAAGGUGCACUCAAUAUCAGCCUAGAUGGAGUCUACCAUUCACCCGUUGGUUCCGAGGAUGAAACAAGACCUUGGUAUGGUUCACCUGCUGUUGUUCAGCAAUGGAUACAUCACCUUCUCAACUGAUUCUGCAUUUCAGCAGUAAAUAACUUUAGACUUUGUACAGAUCACAAUAUACUUGAAGUUGAAUCCACAUAUUACAGCCCUAGAUUUAUUUCAGUUCAAGUUAUGGUAUUCAAUCA